GGAUUGAUCCGCGUAUCGGCAUCGGAGCAUGCGCUCAGAACAACAGAGGGGCUAACAAAACCAACCAGCCAUGGUCGGCGUCUCAGCCCGGGGAAACUCUCUGGGGCUCGACAUCCAAACUGGAGUCCAGUGGCCGCAGGGCACCACUGGACAACAGGGAUGGCAUUCCCAGUGGAUUUACUCGCUGAGCUGGAGCAUGAAGACCUUGAGAUUUCUGCAGAAGAAUACAUGACCAGCUUGCUGUAUGGAGACCCUGACAAGCUGGAAUAUUUCACACUACCCAACAGAAGGAAGAUUCCUAUUAGUCUGUCCUCUGUUGCUUUUGUUCCACUCUAUGGCGGUGAGACAAUACAUAAGAUUCUAGCCCUGUUUGCUCCAGAAAGUCAGUUCACAGCUGUGGCCCUGUACCUAUUGGAUAGAUGGUGGGCAAUUGAUGAUAUCAUCAAAACCACUGAGUCCUCCCGUCAGGGUCUCCAGCAGGUUACUUCAGUCGGGGAGAGAAUUGUUCUGUACAUUUUGAAUCGCAUCAUCUACAGAGCCCAGGAAAUGAAUGCUGAUGAGCUCCCUUUCCUUUGUCAUGGUGCCAAUGAGUAUGCUAAAAUUCUCUGGAAGUCUGGGAAAGCCAUUGGCUUCUACUCUAUCAAGCCCACAGGAAGCAAAUGUCACACCUUCCUAACUCAGUGCUACCAGCUGCCGGUCCUGGACACCAUCUUUGUGAGGAAGAAGCAUCGUGGUAAGGGGUACGGUCUGCAGAUGCUGGAAGAUUUUGUUGACUGUUUCACAGAAGAUGCACUGGGUUUGAGAUAUCCUCUCUCUCCAUCUAUGUACAGAGUGUGCCGGAAAUAUUUGAACAGUUACCCUGAUGAUCACAACCUUCUCUGGGAGGUUGAGGGUAUUGGACACCUGUUCCAGCGAGCUCGAAUUGCAGACCGACUACUGGCACAGUUAUCACCUGUAAAAGGUAUGGAUAUCUCCCAGGAUGAGGAAUGUGAAAUUGCAGGAGAGUCUUCAUCUCUAGUCCAACCGGAGUCUGAAAAUCGAAAGAAGCCGUUUGGCCAAGUGAAGAAACAGCCGUCUACUGAGUUGCUUGCUAACCAAGAAUUGCCAGGUGUUUCUUCAGUUCUUUCUGAAGAGUCAACAAGUACACCUAUUGCUAAACGGGGAAGAAGCAGCCAAUCCAAACAACCCAAAGCAGAGAAGAAGCACAUUGCUGUGGAACAAAAAUGUUCAACUCAUGAAGAGGUGAUUAUGCCUAAAGAUCAGCUAAACAGCUUUGAAGCCAUGUCCGAUCAAAACGAAGAGGUUCUACAAACAACUGGAAACCAGGAAACGUGUACAAUUUCACAGGACAGUAUAGAAACAGCUGCAAGUGAUGUAGUGUUAUGUCAUAUUGAAGUUCUGGAACCGGACGGUGAUGAGGAUAAGGAAUCGUCAUCUGAAACACCUCCUGAACUAGUAAACGAUGACUCUGUUAAUCAAGAAUCAUUAAAGCCAGAAGAAGUGACUCUUUCAAAGUCUUCAAAUUCUGAGGGCACUCAUUUAGAGUCAGCAGAGAUUGAAGAGGAGAUUUCUCCAAAGUCAUCAGAUUCUAAUGAGAGUUUACCUCAGCAGACAAUGGACGCUGAGCAAGAAAUUUCUUUGAAGUUACCAAAUUCUGAGGAAGUUGUUCCAAAUGAAUCUUCCGAGACUCAGGAAAAAAUUGUUCAGGAAACUUCUAAGAUUGAAGAUGAGAUUAUUCUGGACUCCGUAAAGACAGAGAAGGAAAUUGCUGAAGAUCCAAUCAAGGAUAAAGAGGGGUUCAUUGAGGAAUCAACCAAUUUAGGCAAUGAAACCACAGUGAAUGAAUCUGCUAAUGGUGCACCAGACGAUUUGUCAGAAAAUGACCCUGAAGAACCCAAAAGCGCAGUAGAAUUGAAAGAAUGCAGUGAAGAUAACAGGCUGGAAAAGGAUGAAGAUAUUCCCAUACAGAAUGACAGCGAAGAAUCUGAACCAGCGCAGGAUCCAGCAGCUAACUGCAGCCCUUCCAACCACAAUGAUACUGACCCAAAUGAUGUUACAUUUCCAACAAGCACAGAACAACAUGAUGCCCAUGCACCAGAUAAUGGUCACGAAUCUGUUCAUGAGGAAGCGUCUCAACAUAGUGGUACAGAGGGUGAAUCCACUUCUGGGCUUACAAAGACUACGUCGGCACAGCAGGAAGGUGAACCAGAGGAGUCCAGUGUCCCAGUGGAUCUCACUCUUGGUCCAUUACUUGUGAUUGAACUCGAGGAUGUUUCACUGAAGCAGGCCACGCCUGCCCAUCCAUCAACAGAUGAAACAAAGGAAACUGAUCUGAAAGAUCAGUCGUCACCAGCUGUCGCUGAAAAGGGUGUUGACAGUAGCUCAGAAGAAAUGGAAAUGGAAGUACCAGUUAUGGAUAGGAGAAAUCUGAGGAGAAAAGUCAAAGGAAACAAAGGACCUCCCAAGAAACGAAGCAAGGUCCGCCACAUUCGUGCAUCCACCAGAACAUGAUGAAAGGAAUACAUUUAUCAUCAUUGACAAUCUUUAAUACAUUUUCUUUUACUAAGGUGAGAAGGUAGUUGCUGGAAAAAGCCAUACUAAAGUCUCUACUAAUGAUGAAGUAACAUAUAUAGCACCUUCUGAAAUGUUGCAUAACAUUGCAAGGUGCUUUGCAGGAGCAUUAACAAAACCUGACACUAAGCACAUAAGGAGAUUAGGGAGAUAUGGACAGAAGGUUGAAGGAGCUCAGAAGAAUGCUUAUGGAUAGUAGAGUAGAAGCAAUUUAAAAUUUGAGGUGCUCAGAAGAGAAAUUUAGCUAAAAAUGCAGGCAAAAUUAAUGGGGAAAAGUGGAAGUUUCCACCAGAAACUAGUCAGUGAUCCAGAAUAAAUCUUAUUUGGCAAGCUUAUUGUUUGCACACAUUUGAAGCAGGCUAAAAACUUCCCAUGCAAUUUUUCUAAAAUUAGUUUUCCAAAAUUGGCUCCAGUGUGUCAAACUAACUCCUGGAUUUUGGCUUUGAAUGAAUUACACAGGUAGUAAACAGUUAUGAAAAACAAUGUUGUGAUUAUGUUAUUCUGUAUAGGUUACUUCCUACUUAGAAUUUCUAGUAGUUCAGCAUGAGUUUGAAUAGGAUUUUUUUUAAAAAGGGAUUUGGAGAAUUAGGGCAGCUUGCUGUAAUUGCAAAUUGUAUCUAAAGCAACAACUCUAAAAAAAAAUCAACACUACCAUUUGCAGGUAUCCUUCAUUUCUCAUGUCUUAUUUUAUCAGCUUUUAUUUUUUGUUUCCUGUUUUUACAGUAGGCAUACCACAAGUAAGAAUCUCUCCUGAUAUGUGUCUCAAUGCACCUUUUACAAUUAGAUACCAGCAGAGUAAGUGGCUUAGGUGGAAGGAGCAUUGUAGUUGUAGAAAACCUGUUAGAAUAAGAACGUGAUUUUUUUUUGUGGUGGUUGUUCCAUAUUAUUCCUCCCCUUUAAACCUCCAAACGCUUGUGAAAUUGACUGCUAAAUGCGAAACACCGACUUCCCAAUGUGGGUCUUUCCUGCAAGAAUGGAAAAAUGUUCAUAAAAGCACAAUUUUAACCCAUUAAAGCUAAAAAUGCAGAUCAUUAUUGUAGUCUUCAUAGCACAGCAUACCUCAAAUUUAGAAUUCUAAAAGAAUCAAAAUUAGUAUGAAUUUAUUCCCUCUAAACUGAGUGUUUUUACACCCAUUCUGCUCACUAUUGGUCACUGGAAAACAUCACACAAAUAAGUUUUAUGAAAUUGUGAUCCAAAGUUUAUUUUUCUGCAUAGACCUACAUAAUUUUGUGUGAUAAAUUGCGAUAUGCAUGGGAUUAUGUAACAAAAUCUGAAAUUGUCUAUAGGGAAGAAUAUAUAUAAUCAAAUAUCUAUCCUUGUGCUCAUAAUGAACUUUCUAACCAAGCAGAUUCUCAUUAUCGUUCACACUAACUACACAACUUAAUUUUUCAAACCAGUAAUUCCCAGUAGCACUAAUUUAUAUCCACAUGUUGAAUUAAUAAAAUCUAAAAGCUUGCUUUCCAGCUAUGUUUAUGAUAAAAUUAAAUGUUCAAAUUAAUAAAGCUUCGUAUGGUGAA